AUGUCCAUCUUCUUGAUGCCCUUGCCGGUGCUGCCUCUGUUCCAGACCAGCUCAUUCCGUCACGGAGACCAAGAUUGGCAAGGCCAGAGACUCUUCGUCAAUUACGAUCUCCAAUCCUGGAUGUCAUUCGGAAUGUCUGACUUCCUCGUUCCUAUCAAAAUCUCUUUUCUGCUCGUGCUUUCACCACUUCGCUCCCAGCUCACCUUCGAAUUCGAGAUUUCUAGCUUGACCAUUGGAGCAGCAGCGUAUGGGUCAUUUUGUCAGAUCAAGUAA